AUGACAGAUAAUACAAGCGAUAAAACAGAGCUAGCACCACUACCGCAGCUACAAGAGCCACAGCAAGCACAUACACAGCAAGAAGAUAUCGAUAAUCUCUACAACGAAUUGGGCACAUUGAUCAAAAGCAACAGCACAAACGAUGUCAGUAGUCUGAGUAGUAUUAGCAGUAGCAGCAGCAACACCACUAGCCAAUCCAUGUCCUGCGCUUGCAAGCAUUGGCUGGUAUCGAUGGAAACAAAGCACUGUAGCUUAUGCGAUGCCGUUGUACCUCUGCUCGAAAAGCUUCAGACCGAGAAACAAAAGCUUAAAGAGCGUAUACAAUCACUGAAAUCACAGCUGGAUGACCAAAGAUCAUUACUGAAUUCCUAUAAAAGGGACCAUGGCACAUUGAGCGCACAGUAUGCUCAGAGAGAACAACAAAGCGACGCUAUCAAAGCUAGCAUUGAGAGCCUUCAACAAGACAUACACUUUCUCAAGACCAAGCAUAAAGACGAGAUUGCUCAUACGCUGGAAAUUGAACAAUCCAAAAAAGGUGUUGAAAUCGAGCUGCACGAUUUAUCUCAAAAGCUGUUUGAAGAGGCGAAUGCUCUCGUUUUAGCAGAAAAGAAGGAAAAACUAAUUUUACAGCAAGAGCAUGAUCAAGUGAAAUUGCAGCUGGAGAAUACACAGAUAGAACUAGCCGCGGUGCAGACCGAGUUGCAGACGCUAAGAGAAGUAAUGGCGGAUCAACCACAGGAGACAACAACAGCCAAAACAACACACGAGAAUUACACGUUACGAGCACAACUCGACAUGGCUACAUUGUUAGGCGUGCCUCAGCCUGUAGAGAUCAAUCCCAACAUACAGAAAGAUGGUCUGCUAUUACAAGAGUUUGAUACCUUUAUCCAAUCACUUGAAAUCACAUCCAUGGCCAAGGUGAACAGCCUUCCCUUUAUGAAAUACAUUAUCAAAUCUGAUAUCGAACCCUGUUUGAAGUUUGGCAAAGCAACUAGCAAGAGAGUACUGGAGGCUAUUUUGUCCAAAACGUGCCUGAUAGAAGAGUGCCCGCAAGAGUUUAUAGACAUGAAGAAGCAACAGCCGCCCAUCAAAGCCAAGCCGAAAUCUCGACUCUGGGGAUUCUCCUCAUCGCCCAUGCAGCCGAAUGAAACAGCAGCAUUGCCCAUCCUAGGCUGCUCUACGUGUGGUAAAGAGUUGGAGGAAGGAGAGGAUCAAAUGUGGAGAUUUAGAACAUCGUACUUUGAUGAGUGGGCUCUGAUUGAUGGCUACUGUCGGGAUAGGAUUAACUCGGUCGUAGCCUUUUAUGCUUGGUUGAGGCGAAUUAAAGUGCAGCAGACAAAAAAGACAGAGCUCGAUGAAGCGUACGAAGAAUUCACUCGAUUGCAGCUUCAAAUGUUACUAAGCAGAAUGGGUGCUCUGCCGUGUCUCUUAAACACAUUUGGUCUUGAAACACAGUGA